UCUCGAUUAUGAUGAAUGGCACACCUUUGGGUUUCUUUGGGUCCUCUCGCGGUCUCCUUCAAGGUGAUCCGCUUUCCCCGCUGCUACGUGUUCUGUGUACUGAGGGGUUUGCGGCUCUUCUCCGGAAAGCAAAUUCAAAGAGGAAAUUAGCAGGGGUAAAAGUUGCCCCUCGUGCCCCACGGAUCUCACAUCUGUUUUUUGCAGAUGAAUCAUACCUGUUCCUCAGAUGAUCUUUACAGGAAUGUGAAAAUUUAAAUGAGGUUUUGAAUGAGUAUGAGGAGCUCACUGGACAACGAGUGAAUUUGGAUAAGUCGGUUGUUUGCUUUAGCAAGAAUAUCUCUCCGCCGGAUCAAGAGUUCCUCGCUCAAAUCCUUGGGGUAGGUGCUGUAGGGGUCCAGAUAAGUACCUAGGACUGCCCACUUUGGUAGCUCAGUCAAAAAUGGCUACGUUCAGGUUCUUGGAGGAGAAAUUGAUAAGUAGACUUCAGAGGUGGAAACAACGGACUCUGUCACUAGCAGCUAAGGAGACACUGAUUAAAUCAGUUGCCUCAGCUUUCCCACUUUGUGUCAUGUUUUAAACUUCCCCUAUCUCUUUGUCGAUUAUUGGAUAAACACGUUGCCAGGUUCUGGUGGGGCGUAGAGGUCGGUCAUUCCCGGAUUCGGUGGAUGUCCUGGCGUAAUAUGUCUCACAGUAAACAUGAUGGAGGCAUGGAGUUUCACCGUUUUGAGCAUUUUAACUAGGCCCUUUUGGCUAAAAUUGGGUGUCGUAUCCUCAAAAUGAGCCCCAUUCGCUGUUAGCUCAAGUUUACACGAGGAAGUACUUUCCUAAUGGUACCUUCUUAGAUGCAACCCCUCGCUCGCGACCAUCUUAGGGAUGACAAAGUGUCUUGUAUGGUAGACAGUUACUUUUGAAGGGUCUUAGAUGGCAUAUUGGAAAUGGGUAGUAUGCUCCCUUUCUCAACUCCACCUGGGUACCAGGUCUACAUCCUCAGCCUCCGGUUUAUAAUCCACUAAUUCUCCCUGAGUUGAAAACCUGAAGGUGGUGGAGGUAAUAUCUCCAGGGGAGGGUAGAUGGUGUGAGACAAAACUUGCCUAAUGUUUUGACCCGGAAACCUCUCGUACCAUUAGGAGAAUCCCACUCCCUUGGCAAGAUGUUGAAGAUCGGCUGGGCUGGCAUGAAACCUGUGAUGGAGUAUUCACCGUCAAAUCAGCCUAUCAUCUUGCUGUUUUGGUGGAGAAGCAAACUUGUAGAUGGCGGUCCAUGGUUAGCUAGAUGGAUAAAUCUAGUUGGAUUUGCCUAUGCAAAGCUCAUAUCCCACCUGAACUUAAGGUGUUUAUUUGGCAAAUAUUUAACCAUAUUCUCUCGACCACGGAAGCCCUUAUCGAGAGGGAUGUUCCGAUGCUACCUAGGUGCCUGGUUUGUUGGGCAGAGUCUGAGACAUUGGAACAUUUGUUUCUGGAUUGUCCAGUAGCCAGAGCACUUUGGGAUCACUCGGGACUUGAUUAUUUAGGGCAAGGGUUGCCUCGUCAUACUUUUCCCUCUUUCUGAAGUGUGUUAUGAGCCUCAUUCAUCGUGCUCCUGCUUUCAUGGCCGUUGUGGCAGUUCUCUGGCGAAUAUGGAAGUCCUGAAAUUGGGUUGUCUUUGAGGCAAACAAUUUUGGGAUCCAAGUUUUAAUGUGGCAGUUUCAUUAGCAAUAUCAGGAAUGGGUCAGUCUCCACGUUGCUCAUAUGGUCCGAUCCUCGAGGGAUCAAGCGGGACAACAAGGUGGGGGGCCCAUUUGGCUGUCUGCAUGUGGGAUGGAGCGACUAGGAGUGGGUCUCAUUCGGCAGACAUUAUUCUUAUUAAGGAUCAAGGGGGAGAGUCCUUGUGGUCAAAGGAGUACAGUUUCCUUAUAUUGAUGACUCGGGAGACAAUUCUCUGGUGUCUGGAGCUGGGAUUCACGGAGAUGAGAUUUGAAGGGGAUGCCAAGGUUGUUAUUGAUAAAGUUAAUCAGGCGGAUACCUGUGACAGCAAAGUGGGGAGUGUCCUUGAAUAAGUUGUUCGUCUGAUUGCAAGUCAUGAGGCUUUUCAUGUGCGAUUUGUAGGUCGGCGUAAUAAUAGGGUAGCUCAUUUAGUGACUCGUAAAGUUCUUUCUUUGUAUCCGACUAUGUGUCGCUAUUUUAACUUUCGAACCUGAUUAAAUUUCAGGAUGUACU